UUAUUGGUCGACGGUAGCCAUGUUUGCACUUCCAGCUGUCUAGAUGCGGGCUAGCUAACCGGUUAGCUGUCUGAGCUACAUUUGCCUUUUUUACUCGGGGUAAAAUUAGCAAAUAGCCCUGUCACCCCGGUAACACCGGCUUACCUGUACGUAACAAUGCCGGUUCACUCCCGGGAGAAGAAAGAAAGCAACCACGAAGAAAUGGAGGUGGAUUUUCCCGAGCAGGACGGCAGUAGCACAGACGAGGAGGACACCGUUAGCUCAUCUGUGUCCGAAGAUGGAGACAGCUCGGAGAUGGAUGAUGAGGACUGUGAGAGGAGGAGGAUGGAGUGCCUGGAUGAGAUGACUACCCUGGAGAAACAGUUCACUGACUUGAAGGAGCAGUUGUACAAGGAGCGUCUGAGCCAGGUGGACAUCAAGCUGCAGGAAGUAAUGGCUGGCUGUGCACAAGAAUACCUGGAACCUUUAGCCAACCUGCAGGAGAACAUGCAGAUCAGGACCAAAGUGGCUGGGAUCUACAGGGAGCUGUGUUUGGAGUCAGUGAAGAAUAAGUACGAGUGUGAGAUCCAGGCAGCCUGCCAGCACUGGGAGAGUGAGAAGUUGCUGCUGUUUGACACUGUGCAGAGUGAACUGGAGGAAAAGAUAAGAAGAUUAGAGGAAGACAGACACAGUAUUGACAUUACCUCAGAGUUGUGGAAUGAUGGAUUGCAUUCUCGGAAAAACAAGAAGAAAGACCCGUUCUGCCCUGUCAAGAAGAAGAAGCCUGUUGUUGUUUCUGGGCCUUAUAUUGUUUACAUGCUGCAAGAUCUGGACAUCCUUGAAGACUGGACCGCGAUAAGAAAGGCGAUGGCAUCACUGGGGCCACACAGGGUGAAGGUGGAUGUCCCCACAGUAAAGCCUGACAGACAUCACCAUGUGGCGCGCUCCGAGGACGGUCGACUUUUCUAUGACAACCAGUGGUACUGCAGGGGACAGGCCAUCUGUAUCAACAGGAAGGACGAGUACCCGACUAGCGCCAUCAUCACCACGAUCAACAACGAUGAGGUGUGGUUCAAACGACUGGACGGCACCAAGUCAAAGCUGUACAUCUCCCAGCUGCAGAAAGGCAAAUACACCAUCAAGCACUCGUAAAACCACACACUCUCACACACACAGUACAAAGACCAUCAUCUUUGCCAUGUCUCUCUGCCUCCUUUCCAUGUUGUUUCCAUGUUUCUUUCUACAUGCUUGCCAUAUGUACAGUACACACACAAUAACUUCCUAAAAAGAUUUUCACUCUAAGCCAGACAAAUACACACACACAAACACACACACAACUGAUUUCACUCCUCUGUUUGUAUGAGUAACAAAAAAGAAACUGUCUGGAAACAAACAAAUGUCAACUGACCCUUUUAGAGGAUGGUCAUCUCUGUAAAUAUGUAUAUGUAUGUUGAUAUUAUCGACAAGGCCACAAAGUGUCAUUUUCUCUGAGACGGAGAUCAAUGCAAAGUGCUGCUAAGAAAACAAAAAAACGAAGCGAGGAAAACUAGAGCAGUAGCGAACUGUGAAGUUCAGUCGCGUGCCUUUCUGAGACAAGACGAUGCCUCGGCUGAUUUAAAAAAAAACAAAAAACUAACUAUCUGAACUAUCAAUUCAGUGAAGCCUUACUCUGUACUGUGUUAACAUCAGGAGGACUGAAGGGGGUCGAUGAAUGAGUGAAACCCAGAUCCAGGUGAGGAUGCCGUUAGACUUGAAUUUCAUGCUCCACAGAGCCUAAUAAAUCUGUAUUAGGAUCCACAGGGACCCCAGCUUGAGAAAUUGUUUGAUUUAGUGAAGAAAAAAAUGCACAAGUGUCAAUAUGGAGAUGGAGAAUGAUUAAUCAAUUUUGAGAAGAUGAUAUUGUGAACAUAAUGGGAUGAAACCCACCCCAGGGUUUUGUUGAAACCCACUUGGGGAGCCACUGUACUAAAUGAUUUCUUGAUGUGUUGAUGUUUUAAUGUAAUUUUUUUCAGCACUACAUUUUUUUUAGUUCAAGCCAAGGCCAGCCCCCAUGCACUAAGCAAAACAUAACAGCUGGAAAAAAGCUUAAACAUGCAGAAAAUGGCAGGUGCCCUGUAUAUAGAGACAACAAGGUAUUUGUGUUUAGUUCACUGUGAUUCUUCCCUCUGUCUCCUGUCAUGUUGCCAUGCGUUUGAUAGUACCUAGAACCUAACAUUUAGCACAUGAGCUAGUCCUAUUUGAUAAUGGCUCUUUGGUCUGUUGUGGCUCCAUAUGCAGACUACCCCAGGUGGCUACUUUCUGUGUUUAUGUUCAGUCAGCUGUCAGAGACAAGUGUUUGAUACGAUUCAUAUAAAAAUCAUCGUCUUGAUUCCCUGAAUCUUUACAACAGCCAAGUGCAAAGGUAGCAUCAUCCAGAGAGUGACAGUGGAUAAGUUUAUGGGAAAUAUGCCAGGUUUAAACAUACCAGUAUUUUCCUUUAAGGUGGGAUCCAAGCCUUACUCCACAGGUUUGGCCUGCAGUUUUUUCUUUGCUGGUGCCAAUUUUCAACUUUUUUGUUUUUAUUCAGCCCAUUUGUGUCUGAUAUGAAUAAAAUAGCUGAAAAGAUUAUUUACUAAGUCCAGCAGUGUAAAUGUCACAUCUUUAAAAAAAUCUAAUUAUUUCCUGUUCCCUGUCCUCUCCUCUUGUCUUUGUUCUCUUCUCUGUUGUCACUUCUCUUUCCCUUUCCCCCCUUGUCUUCUUUGCUGUCAGUAAAAAUGUUCCUCAAAAUUGAUGUAUUAACAGUACAAAGAGAAAGCAAGGUUAAGGGAUUUUUUUGUGCGUACAAUCCGUCCAGUGUAAAUUAUGUUUGGUUUAUUGAUCUUGCUUUGUGUUUUCUUUGUGGUGCUUUACACUUUAAGCAUUGCAUACAUACUGUAUUUCAAAGUAUUACCUGCCAACAGUAUUGUAGAGAGAGGUGCUUGCAAUGCUAUACCAUAAACAUAAAGAAAAAGUAUUUGUGAAGCGUAAUGUGACAUCCACUGAGUAGAACUUUUAUUUUUUAUUUCUGGAUUGUUUUUAUGCAUCAUGUUUCCUCUUCUACAGUAGAGGUAAAAAGAAAACGUGACAUUGUGCCAAUGCAUGUACAGCUGAUUAAAGAUUUUGUUUGUAUCA